AUGACUUUAAUUGCUUCCAUCACUAAACUCGGAUCAUCUGCUCAAAUCAAUCAGACAACAUUGAAAAAUGAAAUAAUGCUGAGCAACAGUAACAACACUUUGACUGGUCAAUCAUCCAACUCAAAUCAAUCACUUGUUGAUUUGAAUAUACUCGCAACCGUAUUAGGUAUUUUGGGUAUCAAAAUUGGUGCCACUGUAUUGUAA